AAAAAUUCAAAUGUUCUGAAAUAACUAAAAAUAAAUUAAAGAAAAAAGUCUAGAAAUUUCAAAAAUACAAAUAGAAAUAAAUUUAGCAAAAAAAAAAAGAAAAAUAGUGUUUAAAUAAAAGAUAUAAAAGUCAUACAAGCUCAAACGCAGUCUUCAACCUGUUUCCAAUUGUUUAUUUCAAAAGUUUUUAGAGAACUAGUGACGCUGUGGAGCUACAAAGGGAUAAAGCACUUGAAUUCCUGCGCAUUUUAACAUUUAUUUUAAUUUUCUUAAUAAUUUCCCUAUAUCUGUAUCGUUUUGCCUUUUAAAUUCUCGAGCAUCAUCCACCAUCCCCUUUUCCUUAAAAAAAAAACUUUCUUUCACUAUUACUGGAACUUUCUACGAGAUUUACUUGAAAAAGAAACUUUUGUGUGAAAUUUGUCAAAAAUUAAAGGUUUACUUUUAUUUUUUUAAAAAUGGCUAAAGUUCCUGCCGUUGGUAUUGAUCUUGGUACUACAUACUCAUGUGUGGGUGUCUUUCAACAUGGCAAAGUUGAGAUCAUUGCCAAUGAUCAAGGUAACCGUGUAACACCCUCAUAUGUGGCCUUCACCGAUACCGAACGUUUGAUUGGCGAUGCUGCUAAAAAUCAAGUUGCUAUGAAUCCCAAUAAUACGAUUUUUGAUGCUAAGCGAUUGAUUGGUCGUAAAUUUGAAGAUGCAACCGUACAAAGUGAUAUGAAGCAUUGGCCUUUUGAGGUUGUUAGUGAUGGCGGUAAACCCAAGAUACGGGUGGAGUAUAAGGGUGAGAAGAAAACCUUCUUUCCCGAAGAGGUUUCAUCUAUGGUUUUGACGAAAAUGAAAGAAACUGCCGAGGCAUAUUUGGGUAGGAGUGUAACUGAUGCUGUGGUCACAGUACCCGCUUACUUUAAUGACUCCCAGCGGCAAGCUACCAAAGAUGCUGGAGCUAUAGCCGGUUUAAAUGUUUUGCGUAUAAUCAAUGAACCUACGGCAGCUGCCAUAGCUUAUGGUUUAGAUAAGAAGGGCACUAGCGAGAGAAAUGUGUUGAUUUUCGAUUUGGGCGGCGGCACAUUUGAUGUCUCCAUUUUGACCAUUGAAGAUGGUAUAUUUGAAGUUAAGUCCACGGCUGGUGAUACCCAUUUGGGUGGUGAAGAUUUUGACAAUCGUAUGGUCAAUCAUUUUGUGCAAGAGUUUCAACGCAAACAUAAAAAGGAUUUGGCCAGCAAUAAGAGGGCCUUGAGACGCUUGCGUACUGCCUGUGAGAGAGCUAAGCGUACACUCUCGGCUUCUUCGCAGGCUAGCAUUGAAAUAGAUUCAUUAUUUGAUGGUAUCGAUUUCUAUACCUCCAUUACUCGUGCCCGUUUUGAGGAGUUGAAUGGCGAUUUAUUUAGAGGCACUAUGGAACCAGUAGCUAAAGCUUUGCGUGAUGCCAAAAUGGAUAAGGGUCAAAUACAUGAUAUAGUUUUGGUGGGUGGUUCUACUCGCAUACCUAGAGUACAAAAACUUUUACAAGACUUUUUCAAUGGCAAAGAGUUGAACAAGUCCAUUAACCCCGAUGAGGCUGUAGCUUAUGGUGCCGCCGUGCAAGCUGCCAUUUUACAUGGUGACAAAUCGGAGGCGGUACAAGAUCUUUUACUUUUGGAUGUUACUCCGCUUUCGUUGGGUAUAGAGACCGCUGGCGGUGUUAUGACUGUGCUUAUCAAACGCAACACCACCAUACCUACCAAACAAACCCAAGUUUUUACCACCUAUUCCGAUAAUCAACCGGGUGUUUUGAUUCAAGUAUUUGAAGGUGAAAGAGCCAUGACUAAGGAUAACAAUAUAUUGGGUAAAUUUGAAUUAAGUGGCAUACCCCCAGCUCCCCGUGGAGUUCCACAAAUUGAGGUUACUUUCGAUAUCGAUGCAAAUGGUAUUUUAAAUGUCACCGCUGUAGAGAAAUCCACUGGCAAAGAGAAUAAAAUCACCAUUACCAAUGAUAAGGGACGUUUGGCCAAAGAAGAUAUCGAACGUAUGGUCAAUGAAGCUGAGGCUUACCGCAAUGAAGAUGAGAAGCAACGUGAACGUAUCAAUGCUAAAAAUGCUUUAGAAUCUUAUUGUUUCCAAAUGAAAUCUACCAUUGACGAUGACAAUAUUAAAGCUAAAGUAUCGGAAAGUGAUCGUAAAUUGAUCAUGGAUAAAUGUAAUGAAACUAUUUCCUGGUUGGAUGGAAAUCAACAAGCCGAAAAGGAGGAGUAUGAAUAUAAGCAAAAAGAAUUGCAAAAUAUUUGCAAUCCUAUUAUUACCAGACUCUAUCAGGGAGGUGCUGCACCACCACCAGGCGGUAUGCCAGGUGCUGGUGGCGCUGGUCCCUCUGGCGGUGGUCCAACAAUUGAGGAAGUUGAUUAAACGAAAUGAAUAGAAUUGAAUUUGUUAUUUUGAUGGUUGGUUAAAUAACUUAAAAUUUGAUUUUAUUGAAGUUAACGAAAAGCUUUGUUGAUAUUUUUAUUGAAAAUAUAUAUUUUUUUAAAUAAAAGUUAUAUGAAAUUA